AUGCAGUGGGCACUUUUGUUGGCGUUAUGUUUGCCUGCAUGGGGACGGGUCUCCUCCAUCGCAGCAACUGGCAACCCUCAUGCUCCACAGUGUAGCACUGGUGAUUGCGAAUGCCAAGCGCAGCGAUUGGAUCUCCACUUGGCAAACUUAGUGCCGUUCCUACCAGUCCAGGCAGACUCCUUCAUUGGAAUGGAAGAACAUGAAGUCCAAGGCCUUAAGGUGAACCUCUACAAUUUCAAGCAGCCAGCACGACUGAGCGAGCUUCAGCUGCCCUUCAAGCUCCUCUUGUUGCGAUCUGUGGAUCUCACAGACACUCAGCUCUAUGAGGUGCCAAUGAAGCAAGCUGUGGAUUCGUGGUUCCCAGGCUUUGCAUGGUCGAUUCUUCUUUGCAAGCGCUGUCAGGGGCGUCACCUUGGAUGGAAGUUCACCCCAACAUCAACCACCGACGGCUCUGCGUUCUAUGCGCUGAUUGUGGAAGCUGCAAAGGAGGCCAGGAAAAGGAAGUAG